AUGGCGAACGGCGCAGAGACUGGGCCAGGCCUUAUAUUGCCGCAAGACACAUUCGCAAAGCUCACACCACGGCCAUACCUUCUCGCACAUCUCAAGCACAAGACUCCUGUUCGCCCGAACGGUCGACAGCAGAAUGAAUUCCGCCAGCCCACCAUCAACACCGGCUCUCUGACCCACAGCAAUGGCAGUGCAGUCGUCCGUGUUGGAGACACGGCUGUGGUCUGCGGUGUGCGUGGAGAGAUCUUGCUGGCUUCUGAUAUUCCACAUCCUCCAAGCGACGACCUCGACGAUCAGGACUUGGUCGAGGAAUUGGGGCUUGUUGUAGCCAAUUUGGAACUCAGCACGGGCUGCUCGCCAGCACACAUUCCCGGCAAUCCACCAACAUCGCUGGCACAGUCAUUGUCUUACCGCAUAUCGUCUCUACUGAACGAUUCCCACUGCAUCAAUGCCGCCGACCUGUGCAUCACCUACACUCAGCCAAAGACCGAAGAUGAUCUGCCAGACGAGCCGCCCAAGGAAGUCACCAAGGCGUAUUGGACGCUGUACAUCGAUAUUCUAUGCCUGGCCCUGGACGGCAAUGCCUUCGACGCGGCAUGGUUGGCGGUAACCGCAGCACUUCGAGACACAACUCUCCCCAAAGCAUGGUGGGAUCCAGACCGAGAGUCGAUUCUCUGUUCACCGGUCGUCGAUGACAGUACAUCGUUGCGGCUGUCGGCGUUACCGCUGGCUUCUACUUUUGCCGUCUUCACCACAGCUUCGCCCCUUGAGAAGCGGGAAGAGGCUCAGAGCUGGAUUCUUGCCGAUCCUGACGGUUUUGAGGAGGACAUUUGCGAUGAGACGCUGACCGUGGUAUUGAGCUCGGUCCCGAGCAGCGAUUCUGGUGCCGAAACCAUACUGAAAAUUGAGAAGACGGGUGGUGCCUUCAUUGGCAGGGACGUGACGGAUCUUUGCGUUCGCCAGGCCGCAAAGCGCACGAGCGAUCUCAACACCGCGCUUGACAAUCGAUGA